AUGUCUUUUCCGAUGUCCAUUUAUUCUCUUCAAAUGCUUGCUAUUCCAACGCUAUCUGACCCGGGAAAUCCACUCUUUCAACGUCUGCAUAUGAUUGGAUUUAAGUUAGACAAUGCACAUAAGAUCAAGCUUGAACUACCUUCGAAACUACAGGCAUUUAGUUUUACCUUUGAAACCAAGCGACCAGGGCCUAUGACAGUCAAAAUCACGCUCAGACAGUCCACCAAGCGGCCCAGAUUACUACAAGUUCCUGAACAUGUCGACCUCAGCAUGACCAAACCCAAAACUCCUGACCAACUUCAAGUCAUGUACUGGCAAGAGGCUCAGAAAUAUAAAAAGUCUGCAGCUGGAACCAUGGCAAGGAUCAACACAUUAUAUGGGACGGUGUUUGAUGUUCCUGCGCCGGCGGCUUUGUGGCUUCACCAGCCUGAGGCGGUCGACUGA